GAGUCACAGAUAUAGGGAGUCGCUAGGUUGCGCUCCUUGUCACUAGGUAUCAAGAAAUCUCUCCACCGCCAUCGUCAAGAGUACAGGAACGCGCUGGUUUCUUUUUUUCUUUUUAAAAUUACAUGCCAACGAUGGAAAUAAAUUUAGUACGCCCAGUACCUGAUAAAAUUGCAGAUAAAAGACGACCAUAGAAAUAAAAAGUUUCUAUAUUUUAUUCCGAGUCAAAAGGCUUCUCUGAAACAAUUAUUUCAAUCUUACGUUGAGUAAUGUGUCAAAACAUGUUUGUGUCGUGUUGGUAUGAGACACUGUUGAUGUUUUGCCUGCCGGAGUUCUUAACCUCUCGGAUUGUGUGUUUUGUGGCCUUCUGUUGCUGUUCACCUUCUUACUCUAACUCAAAUAGUGCUAUGGCGGUAGCCUGUGAAUUUUGUGGUAAACAGUAUCGGACGGUGGAAUGGCUGAAGAAUCAUGUGGAUAAGUUCCAUCCUAAGCAAGAUGUUCAUAACGAUCCAAUUGCCGAUUUAUCUGAACCAGGUUCAAGUGAUCCAUCUGUGGCACAUAUUCUUGAAGAAGACGCAAGUGAUGUUGACGAGGAAGCAGAAUUGUUAGCAGAGGAGGCUGCUGCCAGAUGCUUGGACUGGGGUGACUGGUCGGGGACAGAUGAUGAUGAAGAAAUAGAGAGCUACUGCCAGUUGGUUGUGGAUCCUUCUCAUGAAGAUGAGGAAGAAGAAAGGCGAAGAGCGGCAAGUGCUGGUGCUUCACCUUCCAAAUCCAAAUCUUCACAAAAAGGACAGUCUGGUGUGCCACUUUUGAAAUGUCGUGAUUGUGAAUGUCACUCACAAGGUUUCUCAACUGUUGAUGGUUACAUCAAGCACCGAGUAGGACAUGGAAUGCAAGCCGCAAUACUGCGACUGUCGGAGCUGCAAGAUAUUUUGAAGCAAUGCCCUGACUUAGCACGGGAGGUAUUCAUUAAAAUGCAGGCAACCAAACAAACCAAGGGCUUUGCUGGGAGCACAACUUUAAUUGCAGCGCAGCUAGAGAAGCAAUGUGACAGUGCCACAAUGGAAAUGUGCUUCAAAAGUAUAUGUGAUAGGCUUCUCGAUUUUUUGAAGAUAAAAAGUGACUUUCUUUUCCCCUCGGCAUUUGCAGGUGCCUUCCUUACCAAUUUGUCUGUUGUCGUUGUGGAUCGUCCUUUGCGAGCAUCCAUUCAGUGUUCACUAUCAAUCCUUGCUGAAAUGAGUAAUGAUGUUUCAAAUGUGUUUGUCACCAUGUUUAUAAGAAAUUUUGCAGAGAAAUUACUUGCCUAUAUGUUACGUGUUUUGAGCAAAGGCAUAGGUAGCAGCUUUGUGCCCCUGGAGCAACAGUAUGCUGUCACUAACCAGUCAACGUGUUCCACUGAAUUCAAACAGAACAUGCACUUCAUUGGGGGCAGCAAUGUUAAAAGCAUUCUCAGAAGUGCGCUUAGAAUUAAGCACCGAAAUGAGGAGUGGCAAAGGCUCAUUGCCACAAUUAAGGAACAAUUUGUUGUAAGCGAUUUUGCCUGUGCUCCAGACUCUGAACUAAUGGCAUGGACUGAAAGUGUUGAUAGAGGACGGUUGACUAAGAUUUCAAAGAAAGCUUUGGUUUUUUUUGUUCAUUUGGGUAUUGAGGUGAAGCCCCUUGAGAGAAGAGACGGAUCUCUCCUUAAUGAGGAAGUUAUAGAAAAAAUCAUGAGUUCUCCCGGUUCUCCUAGUUUGUUACUAAGGUGGGAUGAGCUGAAGGGCAGUUUAACGGAAAGAGAGUCAUAUAAGUUAAUGCUUUCUCUAACCCAUCAAUUUUGUAUCAGCUGGCGCAAUGGUAUUAUUGGCAGGAGAGAAGAUGAAAGAGCCGCAUCCAAAGGUGGUCAGAAAUUUGGAACUGGAGGAGUUUCAUUUAGAGCUAACCUAGGUCGCAAAUAAAUUGUUUCAGAGAGAUGAUUAAUUAGUUCAAUAUGUUCUGUGUAUUAGUGAUAGGUAAAUGAGGUCUUCUUUUCUCAUGACAUAAUUAAUAAAAAUCUUGACUGAGUAAGAAUGUACUUUAUUAAAAAUCAUUGUCAUUGAAUGUGAUGAAAUAAACAUCAUAGUUAACAAACCGA